CCUUAGAGAUAAGUCAGGGCUGACCGAUAACGGAAAGUCAGGGUAGAUUUGACUGACCUGAAGCAAUUUAUUCCUUAUAAAUGUCUCUCAUAUCUCCGAAGAGAAGUCAUUUUUCAGCCUUAAACCAUCCCGGAGUUAAACUUGCAGUGUGAGUUUCUGGCAGCAGCGUCACUGCAGCUUUACUUUCUGUUCUUUAUUAUGUUUUAGCGCCAUCUCGUGGUUAUAUUGGAACAAGCUUUUUAAAGGCUUCUCUUUUUCCAAAGUCUCCCCGCCGCAGUAUCUGCCAGCUUUUUGAAAGUUUGAUGCGUUGGCAAAUUACAAAAGCAAUGAGUUUUAAAGCUAUUUAGCAACAAGAAAAUUGAUUAAUACAUUUCAAAAGAUAAGAAAAUAUCUCUCUAAACAGUGUUAUGUUAGGUCAUAUUAAUACAUUAUAUAUUAUGGGAUGUUAUCAUUUUGGCUGAUAAUGUAAUGUAGUCAUGCAGUUUAUUACAUUCUUAUUCUCAUAGCACGUUAUGAACAGAACCACUUAAAGUCAUGUUGCCUCUUUUAGGUGUCUUGACCUUUUGGAGGGAAAUUUAAGACGUUAUUCCUGAGUGACAGGUUCUCCAUUGCCCCACAGCAUUUUUGGAAAAAGAGUUCUUUUUAAGUUUGACCGUGCCUGUGCACAGAUCAGAGGUCAUCUGGUGUGACAAAAUGAUUAAAACCAGCAGGGAGGAAAGGAGGGUCAUCAGUCCUUGUCAGUUCUUGCACCACUUUCAUUAACUGGCCAUCACUAAAAUACGACAUGUGUUUGAGGUCACACUGGAAAACAUUCAAAUACAUGAUUAUUUUGAAGUGUGAGUGUGUCACAAAUAUCAAGUCAGAUUAUUUUGAGAUCACCAAAUAAUUGCUUCCUUUUGCUUGCAGUAUUGCUAAAGUUUUCUUAAAUAUAUGUUUCUGUAAUACACUGAGUGCUGUUACUCCACCCUUUCCUGACAAUAAUGAAAUCAUGCUGUAUUUAGUCAGCAAAGAUAAACAAUGCCAGGAUGAUGACUGCAUUAGGCUUAGCUUGGUAUCAUAAUUACCUUGUGAAACACCCCAACCCCCACCCUCUGCUCUCCUCUCUUUGUUGGGGUGAUGGAUGGUUAUUUUUAGCUAUGUUUGUUGCUUUGGUUCUUCUAUCAGGCUUCAGGCUAAAUUAACUCUUCUGGGGACUGGCUUAGUGGCACUGCUGUGAUUAAAAGUCGUUUAUCUGCAUUAGCAUUCAACAUUGUGCACAGCAGUUAUUAAUAUGACCAUAAUUCCAUUGAAGUGGGGAGAACAAGCUCAGGGAUAUGACAUAGGGUACAGGCUUGCAUAAGAUGAUUAAGCAUGUUUCCUCACAAUUAAUUAUGGAUUAAAUGUGCGUGCACAUAUGUGCGUGUUUGCACGUGUCUGUGUGUCUUGCACGGAUCAGAAGGUCCUUGCUCUGCUGUUCUGAGCAUAUGGUUAAAAUGGUGAUUUAUGAGUACACAGAUAAUUUUGGAUGUUCAGUGCAUUGUUUGCCUCCCUGUCUACACCAGUCAACAGAGUGGCAGUUUGAUGGAUAUGGUGUCUGCUCUUUAAUGAUUUUACCAUCUUUUCAUGUGAGUUGAAUGGAAAUUGAUAUAUUAUGUGUUUUUGGCAGAAAAGUUCCAUAUUAGGCUGAAGGAUGUACAAUUUUGUAGAGUGUGGCAGAAACAUUACUUUUCUCCGCCUAAGAGGCAGUUCUCAGCGUCUCACUUAACGAUGACCUGGAGACAAUCUCCUGGCAUUUUCUCAAGCACACCGUGUUCUCGGAACAAGCAGAACUGAAAUUGGCCUCCACAAAAGUGAUACAAGUUUUGCUCUGCUGAGACUCAAGCAUCCUCUGGAACUGACCUCCAAGCACUUGGCUGUUAAUGUGGCUCAUGUGUCUCAUUUUGGUGAAAACAUCUGCUUUUAAGAGAGUGAAAACACACCGAAGGGGAGGAGCUGAUGAAGUUACAGACAGGAUUUGCGCCUACUCCCAGAAUUCCACUGCCAUGCCGCCUGCCUCAGCCGUCACGCCCUCAGUGGUGGGCCUGUACAAUCGUACGCAGUACUGCAAGUGGCCCUGCGAGUGUCCUCGGGUCACCCCGACCUGCCCACCGGGUGUGAGCCUCCUCAUGGACGGCUGUGACUGCUGCAAGACCUGCGCUCGGCAAGUGGGCGAGGAAUGCAAUGAGGCAGACACAUGUGAUUACCACAAGGGACUGUACUGUGACUACAGCUCGGACAAGCCUAGGUACGAAAAAGGAGUGUGUGCAUAUAUGGUGGGAACAGGCUGUGAGCACGAUGGUGUGAUCUACCGCAAUGGGCAGAGCUUCAAGCCUAGCUGUAAAUACCAGUGUGUGUGCGUGAAUGGGGCCAUUGGCUGUGUAGCACUGUGCACAGAGUCCCAGCCUCCACGGGUGUGGUGCCAAACCCCACGUCGGAUCAAAAUCCCAGGACAGUGCUGUGAGAAAUGGAUCUGUGAUGAGCCCAAAAGAGGGCGCAAGACAGCACCGCGACAUGCAGUAGAGGUUUCCCCAGCUGAGACCAGGAGCUGGCACAAGAACUGCAUUACCCAGACUACCUCAUGGAGCCCCUGCUCGAAGACCUGUGGCCGCGGCCUGUCCCUGAGGAUCUCUAACGCCAACGAGCAGUGUGAGCUGGUCAAAGAAUCUCGCCUUUGCAACCUGCGGCCCUGUGAGGUCGACAUCACCAAACACAUCAAGCCGGGAAAGAAAUGUCUGAACAUCUACAGAGAAGAUCUGCCUUCAAACCUCACCAUCUCAGGCUGCACAAGCAAGAAACCAUACAGGCCCAAAUACUGCGGAGUCUGCACAGAUGAGCGCUGCUGCAUCCCCUACAAGUCCAAAACCAUUGAUGUAGAGUUCGAGUGUCCUAAUGGGACGGGUUUUACCUGGAAGAUGAUGUGGGUCCAGGCCUGCUUCUGCAACCUCAGCUGCAGAAACCCCAACGACAUAUUUGAAGAGCUGGAGAGUUAUUAUGCAUUCCCAGAAGUCAUGAACUAGCGGGUGUCAGUCACACUCUCAGCCUGUGGGAUCAUCCGGCCUUUCUUUUGACUCCUCUUUCUUAUGCAAUAAUUUGUAUUGGUUAUGUGUAUGAAUAUGUACAAGGGAUUUUCUUAAGGUCUUUUUUUCCUAUUGGAAAAAUCUGUAAAUAUGAAAUGUAUGUGUGUCUCCAGAAUGGAUUCAUAAAACACGAUGUGUCUUUGAAGAAUAUUUGAGCAACUACAAAUGAAAGUUCAGUUCAAUGAGUAUGUGAAAUACUGAACGCUUAAUUUAUUUAUGGAGCUUUUUGCAUAUGUAAUAACUCGUGCAAUGUUGUUGAGAUGCUUUCAGAAACAGUCAAACAUUCUCUGUGUUUGAACACACAAGUCAGAUUAGAUAAUAAGUCUUUACUGUAUAUAUUUUCUUUUAUAUUUCAUAAAAUGUACUUUAUGAUAAAUGUUAGUAAAAAGACAACAAUGGACUCAGAUUCCUAAGACAAAGCCUUAUUUUAGGACCACAUAUGUAAUAAUGACAGGAUCAGGGAAGAUCAGUUACAAGUUUUUUUUAUUGUAAUUUUUUUUAUAAAUACAAACUGUUAUGUCAUUUUAUGCUUUUCUACAGCAUUAGAUGGUGUGCAUUGCAUCUUUACAAAGCUGUGUAUGUGUUCUACAAAGCAAAAUGUUGCUGUAGUGCAAGUAAAGUAUGGGAGUAGAGGGUGUCAGGUAAGUUCUAUGGCUAUCCUCAUGUUAACAUGUGGAUCUAUCACUUCACUGACCCAAAAAUCCACAACCACAUAGGAGCAUCACGUCUAAAAAGUGAACAAUUCCAUGGCACAUCUUUGUUCCAUUGUGCUUGAUUGCAUAGAAAUCAUCAUAAAAAAGAAGAAAGAAAUAUUUUUAUUCUGAAGCCAUGAUCCAGUAAUAAAGCAUAUGAUGCAAAAGCUUUUCAACUUGAA